AUGUCGCUUAAACAUCGGAAUAUAACAUCUACUAUUCUCAUUUUUAGUUGUUUAGAUAGAGUUCUUCAACUGUACCAAGAAGAUGUUGUAUUUUCAGUGAAUACCGGUUAUUCGCCAAAAACUCCAUCGAUUCAAUAUCGCACAGAACUAAACUGCAAAUACGUGUACCUUAUAAGACCGAAAAUUUAUGUCAUUGAGUAUACUGAUGAUGAUCUGGGGGAUAUUCUGCAAUGCUUGGAAUAUUGCACUUUUUUCAAUCCAGCUGCUUUGUUCAUACUGAUCGUGGACUUUGUCGAUUCUCAAAUUGUGAACGUUUUAACGAGAUACUUCAUUUAUUCCUUCGUUAUUGUCGAAUAUUCUGGGACUGAUUCCAAAACCUUUUAUGGAAUGCCAUCAGAUGAUCCAUCGACUAAUUUUACUGAACCCGUAAAGAUCGGUCAAUGCACAUCGACAACGAUGUCUCUUACAAAAAUAAUGGUAGAACGAAUGCCCUCUACAUAUGAAUGGGACAAUCCAGUCCUUAAGAUUGGACUAGGACACAGCCCUCCAUAUAUUAUUCAAGAAUCUCCAGGAGGCCCUUUCAAAGGAGUAGACAUCGAUAUUGUAGAAUUUAUAGCCGCCAGAAUGAAAUUCAAGCCAGAAUAUGCACCAACUCCAAAUUUCGUGGGUAACAAAAAGAAUAUCACUUAUGAUGGUAUUUUAGGAUUACUAGCCAGGAAGUCUGCAGGUAUGGUUAUGGGAGGUAUAUUCGCCACCAAAGACUCCUACUUGGACUUCGCAAUUUCCUAUCCAAUUCACAGGACAACUUAUUCUUGGUUCGUACCAGGACCAAUUUUCAUUCCAUUUUGGAGGAGGAUGCUCCUCAUCUUUCAACCAACAGUUUCUUUAGCAAUAAUCUCUUUUUACAUCUUGAUGACUAUCGUUCAAUUCGUAUUCAAUCGUUUAAAUUCGAAGGGAGGAUACGCAUUUUAUGACGAAUUCUUCAAGUUAUAUUCUUCAUCAGUCAGCGCUCCAAUCAGGGUAGCUCAAACAGAAGAGUACUCUAAGAAGAUUUUCUACAUCUGCUGGUUCCUGUUUUGGCUGAUCUUGAACGCCUCAUUUUCGUCGAAACUCUUGGAGAAUCUAAUUCAGACCAAAUAUUAUUUUCCUAUCGAUUCUUUAGAAACUUUGAACGAAAUCAAGUUGGAGGUAUGUAUCCUGAAAGACUUGGAGUUCAGUUUGAAGGGUUAUGGAGGAAGAGUGAUGACAUGCGAAGAUUGCGCUGAUUGUUUAAAUAGAACAGCUCAUCAGAAGGACUUAGUGACUGUGAGGAAUACUGAUUUGGUGGAUUUUUAUAAAUCGAAAUAUUAUGUAAAUUCUCUCGGAGACCCUUUGAUAUUUGCUUUGAAGGAAAAAUAUUUCGCUAUAUAUAAUGUGAUGAUAUUCAGGAAAAACCAUCCUAUUUUCCGAAGGUUCAACGAAAUAUUACGAAGAAUGAUCAGCUCUGGUAUAAUUGCCCGUAUGAGGCAGAAAUAUAAAACAUUUUUGAGUAAGAGCCCGAAAGUUGAAAAAAAAUGGAGAAUACUGCAAAUGAAUCGGUUGAAAUUUAUAUUUCAAUUUUGGUUGUAUGGUUUGAUAUUCAGCAGCUUAGUGUUUGUUUUAGAAAUAGUUUUAAGUAAGCACGAUGUAUCUAUUCAAUGUGAAAACUGA